UGGGUCCCGGGGUGGCAGUUUGCUGUUUGUCCUUUGCAUAGCAGCCCGCGGAGUUUGAGUCUGUGUGCGAGACGGUCCGGAACGCGGCACGCCCCAGGCUUCACAGGUCUCCCAUCCAACUGUUGGAGUCUCACAGGACCCCGCUUUCCUGCCCGGGCUUCAGACGCCCCCCACCUCCUGUGCCCAGGCUUCUUAGGACCCCCGGCUCCGGCCCGGGCCUUAGACUCCCCUCCAGCCCCCUGCCGUGAGCCGGCGCUUUUCCACCGGCGGUCAUCUCAGACUCAAGCCCUGCCCUUAGCGCCCGCACAUGAUCACCUCUGGGCAGGCUUUUAUCUCCCAAAAGUCAAUGCCAGGAGGUAUGGCGCCCCUCAAGAAGCCUCGGAAUCCCACAAAAUUGCCCCUGGCUUUAAAUCCCACGAAGAGCAAGGACGUUUUGGCAGUGCUGGCUGAGAGGAACCAGGCCAUAGUACCAGUUGGGGCUUGGGUGGAACCUGCCUCACCAAAUUGGUCGGGAAUUCCAGCACAUACUUCAGCAUACGCAGUUGAAGAGGAAAUAAAGGAACAGCAACGAAGAAAGCAAGAGUCUCUGAGACAUUUUCAGAGACAAGUCAGGCACCGGGUCAAUCAGCGGGUUAAGCUGAAGAAAAAGCAACAACUUCACAAGUCUUACAAAGCAGCCGAAAAGGAAGGCUCUAUAGCCAUGCGGUAUUCAGAUUUGGCACAUUUAACUUCUAAAAGGACAAGUGUUUUCCCUAGCAAUUUGAAUGCUGCUGUUGGAAGGUUUAGGUUACCCACUUCCCAGGUGCUUGGUGAUGCAACAGAAGAUGGAGAGAAUCAGAAUCAGGUGUUUCAACAACAAGCUCAAGCUCUUAGUCAAACUAUGAAACAGGCACGUCACCAGCUGGCAUCCUUUAAAACUGUGAGUGAAAAAAAGACAUCAGUACUUCCAAAUGGUGGAAGGAAAAGUCCCACCCAAGAGAAAGUAAAAUUUAAAAAUCCCUUAUCUGUUGUGAUAAAAGAAGAUGAACGAAAGCAAUUACAUCCUCAUAGCCUUCAGGCUGUUCUUCCAGAAGCCCAGGAUUAUUUUGUAGAAGUUCAAAGCGGCCUUCCAGAAUCUCAGAGUGAUGUGAUAGAUGUCCAGAAUGUUGAGCCUAAAGCUUCAAGAAUUGAACCUAAAACUCUAGGUGUUGAGCCAGACACCCAGGCCACUGGUAUGGAGUGUCAGACUACAGAGCCAGAAGGCCAGGCUGUUAAGACAGAGAUUCAGGAUGUUCCUCCAGUCCAGACUGUUGAGCUAGAUGGGAAUACUGAGUUGGAAGCCCAGGAUUUUCUACCCUCACACCAAGCCUUUCUAUCCAGAGACACAGAUUGUCUACCCAAUUGUCAAUACCAGGAUUCUUUACCCAAAGAUCACUGUGUUCUCCCUAAUUACCGGAAUGUUUUACCUAAGUACCAGAACCAGCAUUUUCUACCAGUAGACCAGGAAUUUCUACCUAAAAACCAACUUGCUUUACCCAAAGAACAGAAUCAUGCACUUCAAUGUCAGAAGCAGGAUUUCCUAGCUAAAGAACAGUUUCCCCUACUGAGACAUCUGUGUAUUUUACCUAUGUAUCAGGACCAAAGAGAUCCACAUGUUCUUCCUAAAUGUCAGGAUCAUGAUGUUCUUUCCAAAGCCCAGAAUUAUCUACACAAUUAUCAGCGGCAGGAUCUUCAACUCCAAAACCAGGAAGUAAACUCUAAGGAGCCAUUCUCUGAUAUAACAGAUGGGAAAGGGAGAGAAAUAUUUUCUCUGGACAUGUUUUCCAAGAAACCCUCAACUUUUACGAGAAGAGAGAGGGGGGAUGAGGAGUUAGCUCUGGAGUCUCCUCAGUAUGCUCCACCUCAGAUCCAGGACCAAGUCUUCCUUAGAGAACAGAGCCAGCAGCCCUCUGUUAGGACAGCUGAAAGGUGGCAAGAGGAUUUGUAUCUCAGUGGCCAUGAAUGUCUUCCACCUAGACAACGGAGAGACACGUGCAGCAGGCAACAGCAGGUCUCUGAGGAGUAUCGGUCAGGACUGAGCACUGAACAGCAGGCUCUGCUGGCAUUUCAGUCUGGAGUGGAUCAAGAAGAAGAUAAAAAAGAGCGUCAAAAGCAAUAUCUGAGACACAGGAGGCUUUUCAUGGAUAUUGAGAGAGAACAAGUGAAAGAACAGAACAGACAAAGGGAACAAAAGAGGAGGAUUGAAAAAAUUAAGAAAAAGAAAGAACAACAACGCUAUGCUGAAGAGCAGAGACUCCUAAGAAUGAACUGUCACGAAGAACCUUAUUCAGAAGAGAAGAUAAGUGAUGUUUUAGCCCAGUUACAACUGGAAGAAAUAAAAGGAGCCAGAGAAAAACAGCAACAGAGAGAAAAAGAGUACAUAAGAUAUGUAGAAGCUUUGCGAGCCCAGGUCCAGGAGAAAAUGAAGCUUUAUAAUAUCACUUUACCUCCAUUAUGCUGUUGUGGUCCUGAUUUUUGGGAUGCUCAUCCUGAUACCUGUGCCAACAAUUGCAUUUUCUAUAAAAACUACAGAGCAUAUAAUCGGGCAUUGCAUUCAGUCAUCAAUUCUUCUGAUAUCUCUGAGGGGAACGCAACUCUUCGAAAUGCCAUUCGUAAUUUUGCUUCUGCACAUAGAAGGACUCCAAAACAAAGUCUCCACUAAAGAGUGUCAGCAAAAUGCUAUGUCAUGUAGAAAACCACAAGACAACCUGAAGCUACUGGAAGCCACAACAGUGUCAACAGUUCCAGCCUCACAGUGCACCCCUGAGCUACAGCCCUUCCAAAAGGCAUUUUCCCCACGCCAAGCAAAAAAUAUCAAGAGUUUGUUUCUGAAAUUUUGUUUACUUUACAAACUAUAGAUAUGUUUUAUGUCCAGUUUUCAAUUUGGGCCUUACAGCUAAUAUUGAUGUUAAUAUCACCUCACAAGCUGAAAGCGUAAUGCUAGAAACAUCUUCAAAUUCCUUGUCAUACUAAAAGCAAAAUGCAAAGAAAGGAGAACACAAGAGCACCUUUUAAUUUUAAAGUGUUUGGAAACAUGUACAGCUUGGAUACAGUUUCAGAGUUCCAGACACACAUGUCCUUGUCAUGUAAGCCAGACGCUUUGAGAAGCUGCAGUGGGACUGUGGUUAGAUUCUAAGUUAAACCCAAUGAGGGCAAUAGACACAGCUCAAAUAAGACUUGUGGAUCAUAGUAUUCCCCUCUUUAUGGUAUGUGCAAGGGGACAUAUAAACAUUUUUAGUUGUGCAUGAUGGUACAUGUCUUUAAUCCCAUUACUAUGGAGGCUGAUGCAGAAGGAUCAGGAGUUU